AUGAAUGACAAUAUUAUAUGCAAUACUCUUUAUUUUCUAUAAAAAUGUUAGCUUCUUCUAAGUCAAAUAGAAGGUCAAUAAGAAUGGAUCAAUGAAAUAAAUGAAUGUUAAAAAGAAUUGGAAAUUUAUAAAAUUAAUCAUCCUUUGUAUGAAUAAUGUUUGAUUUUCAUAACAGACAAAAUCAUACACCCAUUUUUAUAAGAUUUAGAGAUUCUUUUUAAUUGUCAAGAUGUCGUUAAGGAAGUAAAAAAAUAUGAAUUGAAUUUUAACUACGUAAUCAAGAGACUAUAGUUGGUAAUUUUUGAAUAAAAUGAGUAGAUAAGAGAAUUCAUACCAAAUGUAGUUAAGGUACCUUUAGAUGACUUAUUUUGUAAACCUUAGACUGAUGAAGAAUGGAUUGGAUUAAACCGAUAUAUAGAAUAUGUUAAUGUAUAAUUAGAAUUAAAAAUAAGAUAGAUGAUCCAUUAUCAUUAUCUAAAUAAUUUGAUCUAUUUUAUGAUUACAUAGCAAUGGGUGCAGCUUAUUGUACACUUGGAUCAAUGUAUUCAAACUAAUUGAUAAAUUUAAUCGUUUAAAAUGUAGGUGGAGCUGUUAUGUUAGUAAAAAAAUAAGCAGCAAGAAACAUAAAAAUCAAAGAAAUCACAAAUCCAUCACUCUCUUUUGUUUAGGGAUUAUGGAGUAUUUAAAACAAUUCAACAUUUUUUAAGAAUUUUAUGAAACUGACAAAUUGUAAGGUGAAAUCACAUCUAAAAAUUAAUGUUCCAUUUUUAUUUAGAGAAGAUCAAUUUAAAUAUCAUCAUGAUAAUAAUACAUAUGUUUAAGAAAAGUUUAAGGGUUUUAAAAUGGUUGAUGAUCUUUAUAAUAAACUUUAAGCUAAAGAAUUAUUAUUCAAAUAAAAAUAGUAGAAAAUAAAAGUGAGAAUUCUUUCAGCAAAUAAGAUAGUUUUAUACAAAGAUGUUGAUUAUACUUAAUUAGUGUAGAAAGUAACUGAAAUGAGUUCAGAACAUCAUUAAAUAAGUUAGGUAAUUUAAAAAGACAAUAGAAAUACUAAAAUAAAAAAAGUUGUUUUACAUAUACAUGGUGGAGGAUGGGUGGCUAUGUCUUCAUUUAGUCAUCAAUCUUACACAAGAAAAUGGGCAAAUUAUUUAGGAGAAGAUACUAUAAUAUUCUCGAUAGAUUAUAGAUUGGCUCCUGAAUAUCGAUACCCUUAUGCUUUAGAAGAUGUUUGGCAAUUAUAUUUAUGGAUUAUCAAUUUUAGUCAAUAUUAUUUGAAUAUAACAAUAGAAUAGAUAAUAUUGGCAGGCGAUUCUGCAGGUGGGAAUAUGGCUUUAGGUGUUUGUUUUAGAGCAAUCAAAUAUGGAAUCAGAAUUCCUGAUGGUUUGUUCAUGGCUUAUCCAGCAGUAAAUUUAGAUCUAACUAAAUUCAAUCCUUAUUUAUUAUAAGGAUUAAUUGAUUAAGUAGCUCCAGCAACUGUAUUAAAAUUAGCACUGCAUGAGUACUUAAAGGAUACGAAUGGAAUGCCGAAUGUUGAUCCUUAUUUGAGUCCAUUAAUAGCUGAUGAUUAAUUUUUAUAAAAGUAAAAAGGAUUUUUAAUAGUAUUUAGAUUGCCAAAAAUGACAAUAAUGUGUGGUUAAUUGGAUAGUCUAACUGGUGAUACAAUAAAGUUUGUAAAUAGAUUGAGAAAGUUAGAUAAGAAAUUUAGAAUGCUUAUAUAUAAUGGAAUAAAUCAUGGAUUUUUGAAUUUCGAAGUUCCUAUUUUUGCUGUACCUGCAAUAAAGCCGUUAAUAGAAAGUAGUUGUGAUUUACUAAAAUAAUUAUUUAAUUAAUGA